AUGGGCGGCAAAGUCUCGCGAUUUCUUCUCCAGAGCUGGCUUGUGCUCGGACAAGCUACACUGCUGGAAGAGGAACUGCAGCGCAUUUGGACAGAGGUACUUCCCACGGUUCAAGCAGAAAGUCCACCUUUGAUUGUUCGGGAGCUGGAAGCCAAGCAUGGUUACAUCACAGCUGACCCAGCGCAGCCCACACAAACCACCCAGGCCUGCAUUCUUCUGGACGUUUUCCAGGCGAAAGCUACGAACAAUGCAGCUCCAGCGUUGCAGCUAGAUGUUGGGUCGUUGGCAGGACCGAAUGCUGUCUGCAAUUUCCGCGCAUUCUGGGCAAAGGGACGAGGAUCAGCACUCGACUGGGUCCCGAAAGAGCUGCGACUCUGUGAUUUAUACCAUGUCCUGCUCAUUGAGGAUGAAUACAUCCUUGACAGCUUUGCGCGGGCUCCGCCAGUUUGCCGUAUCUUUCCAGUAGACCCGCAUGAGGCCGCAGAGUUGCCUUUUGUGCGACUUCCAUGGGCACCUGGCGAGCCCCUGCCAGACCUUAGUGGCAUAGUGUCCUUUCACGCUUACAGUGUCUAUUCUGCAGAGGCGCAAUGGAACCCGCAAAGAUGGUUGCAGGAGCCAGAUUUCUGGAAUGCUCAUUUUACGGCGCUGAUGCAGCAAGGGCUGCUUAACAUCUGCCUCACAGAAGAGAGCUGCCAGGGCGAUGCUGCGCCGUACCGGCUUAUGUUCUGGGAAGACAUCAGCACCGAGUUCUUGGAGUGUAUAGCCAGAGGCAUAACUCCCAUCUUUCUGGGGACGCCGGCUAUUUAUGAGUAUGUCGAGAGAAACGUCUUGCUCACGCGCUGGCGGUUCGAGACGGCGGAGGAGAUGAUGGCCACAAUUAGCACGCUGUCUUCACCGCAGGGUGUUCUGGAACACGGCACCCGUGUAUUUAUGGAGCGCCAGGGAAACUACUUCCUUAGUCGCUUGUACUGGCGUCAAGAUCCCCGACUGCGCGCCUUGCUGCUCGCCAGCGCUGCUCAGCGACAACAGCGGCUCCAACCACUGGGAAAGGUGGACGCAUCCCCGCCUGUCAUGGAGAUUGUCAUUUGCGUUGCUUCUACUGCGCACAACAGAGCGGCACGCGACAAUAUCCGAACAACCUGGGGCAGCGAGGAGCACCUUCACACGGGCUUUGGCGUUGUCCUGGUUCGAGUCUUGUUCUUCCUGGGGCAAACUGACGAAGCCAGUGCCGAGCACAGCGAGACUGGAGACAUUGUGCUUUUGCCGGACCUGCCUGAGAGCUUCGCCAGCAUUUGGUUGAAGACUGCGGCAAUAUUGAAAUUCGGGGCCGACUACUUCAAGGGCCAUGCGCAACCUGGUCACAGUGGCCCUGGGAGGUUGCGUUUCCUCAUCAAGUGUGAUGACGAUGCCUUCCUUGACAUCGAUGCUGUGGCAGCUGACAUUAUGGCGAGUGCCCCCGUAGGUCUGCUUUGGGGCCAUGUCAUGGCACUGGUGGAGCCAAACAGAAAUGCAUCCGACAAGUAUUUUGUCCCCCAUGAAGUUUAUCCAAUGCAGUACUAUCCACCCUAUGCUCGUGGUAUGGCAUAUGCCUUAUCUGAGGAUGUGGUUCUCCCGCUUGGUACUGCCUUGUAUGAAGGUCGCAUAGAUCCUUUUCCUUAUAGGGAGGACGUGUCUGUGGGCUUGUACAUUCUGGAACUGGCAAGAAGCGGGCGAGUACGCGUGGUUCCACACCAGCGCAAGGACGCAAUGCCCUUGGACUUCAAGGAGCAUUGUGCUGGGCCCCAGAGCAGCAAUCCCGUGCUGGUGAUGCACAGAUUCGAGCCUUCUACUGGACCAUGUUUGUGGAAGUUGGUGCAGGAGCGCCGCCUCGAAGUGGCCAAAGGUGCUACACGCAACGCGGACUUCUGCUCGUGCUCGCGGCUUGCCAGGCAGGCGCUCUGA